UUUAGCGAAGAAAAUUGAAAUAAUAUAUUUCUGGGUUCCAGAGUCUAGCAACAUGAAAAAGAGUGUGAAUAAACUUCCUACAAGAAACAUCAAAGUUCCUCAAGGCUGCUACGGGGAAUGAGCAUCCAGCCAAAACCAAAAGAACAACUCGAGCUUGAACAAAACUAGCAGCGACUGGAGAGACAUGCAAAAGAGAUACAAGCUUCAUAAAUUCCUCCAGAAUCAUUCAAGAGAUGAUAUUUUGUCACAUUAUGAGUAUAACCACACUAAGCUAAAAUAAGAGGCUGUAUAGUUCUAAAAUGAGCAAGAAAAAGAACUCUGGGACUUAUAUUCGUCUGAAAACAGCUAUGUCUAAGAACAAGACCUUCUCGAAAGACACUCCUUUUGCAUCUAAUUUCAUAAAUUUUGAUCCUGAGAAAUCAUUCAAGAGAACAUCGAAGAACUAUUUAAAAAACUCCCACUAUAAAAAGAGCAGUAGAUUAAGCGAUGCAAAAUACAAGACCAAUAUGAAUUUCAAUGAGAGAGGAUUUCAAGGCUUUGGAGAUCCAGACCAGUCCUUGUCCCAACCACUACUACCAACAUCAAGUAUUUCUAUUGCAAAAAUCUUGGCGUCUAAUAACGAACCGGUCAAGCCAGAGAAGGAGUCUAACAUCUCAAUUAUGAAGAUCCAACAUAAAGAACUCAGAGAAAAGGCACAGAAGUUCUUAAUCCAAGAAGCAAAUUAUAAGAGUGCUUCUAUCCUAAAUCCAAAGUUUGAAUCCUUCAGGGGUCCCUUUGAUGAUUUUGGAUCAUUAGAUAAUCCUGGAAGUAACAUCAUUGAAAGCAAUUUUUCCUUCAUCAAUUUUAACCAGAAAAUCAGUACCAAGAAGAUCAUGAACAAGGAACGCAUCUUCAAGGCUCCUGCUGAUAGAGCUGAAGAGAUAUACCAGAUAAUUAAGGAUAUGAACUCCUCUAUUCGAGUCAAAAAGUCCUGAGAUGCCCUGAAAAAGCAUAAAUCUAGGCUGAAAGUUAGUAAUAAAAGAAAUUCAUUAAAGCUUAUGGAAAAGCGAAAGGACUACCGCAUUAGAAAUAAACUCAAACGUGGAAUUCUAGGGCAGAGAGUCAGGCCUCAAAACUCCUUUCAGACUUUACAAACUGCAGGUCUUGCCUUUGGGAAUUCUCAUGUGGAUUUGAAAAUUAAUGGUAAUAAUAACAAUAGUCCUGAGCACUCAAGAAAUAUACAGGUGCUAAAGCUCAAAAAGAAGCAGUCAGACAAAAAGGGGUUAAACAGCUCGGAAUGGUCUGUCAGGAACCAUAGUAAUAUUCCGAUGAAAAGUGUGAUGACCCAUGUAAAAUCCACUCCUCUUAAAUAAGCCCAGUGGUAGAAGGAUAAAAGAUAAGAUGAAGACCAAGAUAAAACAAGCAUAUGAAAUACAUAAUGAGUUCAAAAUGUUCAGGUCUCUUAAUUCCAGUAGAUGAGAUUCAGUCAAGGAAUCUCAUAGCUCCUUUGUGUUCGACCGGAGCAACUCCAAAGAUCCAGAGGGGAAUGUCAUCGAGAUAAAUUCGGAUAUUGACUAGGAGUUACAUAAUUCUCAACCAUCAA